UGGAAUCCCCCACUUAAAAAUAACACGACUUAAUCCCAAAGAAGUAUUUUAUGUUGCGAUAUCAGCGAAAGUGUGACCAACGUAAGGGUAAAUGGAAGACGACCUGAAAAAUGCAACCUGGGAUCUGGUCCCUUCAAAAAAUCAUCGAAAGUGCCCUGGUAGAAAAAAUCAGAUCUGGUUUAUUUAGUUAGUUUUAUUUUUGUUGAACCAUCCGAAAUAAAAGUUAAGAAGACACAAUCCUAAACCAACAAAAAGGCAAAUUAGCGCACAAAAAAGCUUAGUGAAAGCAAACGAAAUGCCCGACAAAGCUGCAGCGCCCUCUGCGGACUGUGCGGCGCCUGCAGUACCAGACAGGGAGGGCCACACCACGAUGACUGUUCCACCUGCUUCAGCGAACAAUACCACGGAUGUUUCCACUGCCGUCCAGGUGGGUGUCGAUGGGGGGGAGGCUGAACGGUGCUGCUGGAUCUGCUUUGCCACCGAUGAGGACAACCGCCUGGCGGCGUGGGUUAAGCCCUGCCAGUGCCGGGGCACCACCAAGUGGGUACACCAGAGCUGCCUCUACCGCUGGAUCGAUGAAAAAACCCAGAAGGGUAACGCUCUACGCACUGUAUCGUGCCCGCAAUGCCAAACGGAGUAUAUCAUAGUGUUCCCGCAGAUGGGCAAGUUUGGAGGUGCAUUAGAAGCGAUAGAUAACCUCAUCAAGCGCCUGAGCCCCUUCCUGGCGGCUGGCUUCUUCGUAGGCUCGCUAUACUGGACAGCAGUUACUUACGGAGCAGUGACAUUCUUACAGAUUGUCGGACAUGAGCACGGCAUGUCCAUAAUGGAGGCUGGAGAUCCGCUCGUUCUCCUUAUUGGGCUGCCGGCGAUUCCAGUGGGGCUCGUACUUGGUCGAUUGAUUCGCUGGGAGGAUGCAUUGCUGCGCCUUAUUCGAAACCGCGGAACGGUGGUGCGCAAGUUUCCGUUUGUAAGCCUUAUUUAUCCGAACCUCCAAGAAGAGGAUCAGCAAAGCAUCACCAAUCCGGCCACACCUGCUCUCUCUGACCCCGUCUCGGCCACGCGGGUUUUCUGCGGGGCUCUGUUGCUGCCCACUAUAUCGUCAAUCGUAGGACGUAUUCUCUUUGACACCGUGGAUAACACAUUGCAUCGCACUCUGCUUGGGGGUCUGACCUUUAUAACGGUCAAGGGAAUCCUAAAAAUUUAUUUGAAGCAGAAACAAUACGGACGCCGAAAGAAGCGCCGAAUUGUGGACUACACGGAGGAAAAUAUUCGCAACUUCAUGCAUCGCAACAAUAAUAACUCGGCAGGGGCGGCGCGACAGGAUAGGCAGCCCGAGCAGAGGGCAGUGCCUCCAGCACAGCGAGUGGACGCUGUAAUCACGCACCAACGCGGUGAUAGUGGCGGUAGCGUUGUCUAGAAGUAAUUGGUGUCACAUCAAAUUUGUAGGCCCAACUGUUUUCUACGAGUUAUCGUUUGUUUUAUGUUAAUUGUUUUACCUCUUGCACUUUCAAAACACUUGCAUGACCACCUAAUUAAGGUGGACCUAAUUUUUGCUGUGUCUGCAGAAAACAAAGCUAAAUUAAUUGUUAAAGUACACUAUGUGUAAUUGCCGGAAAAUAGAUGUAUAUUAAAAAUAGACGCUGACUAGCCCUGCAGAAUAGUUGGUGAAAAAACCGGUAUUUCCUUGCUUAGGUCUAACAUUGAAAUAGAAGAUAAUGGAUUUAUAUUUGUACAUGCUUCCACUCCUUUGAAUUUAUACGUUGCCCUUUUUGUAAAUAAAAAAUACCCUCGGCUGUGGGUGAGUUAAACCCAAUACAGAAAAUCUGUAUAGUUUAGUAUUGUUUUGUUCUCAAUAUUUUUUUAGUAUAGUGCUCAUUCAUUGCUCAUUAGAUAAAAGCCUAUCCGAACGAAUUGGCGCCAGGUUUGGCUGCAGGUGCUGGUUCCAAAGGUGGAACAAUAAUAAUGCGUUUACUAAAUCCCCUAAGCCCUCUGCGCUGCCGAGUCACUGAGAAAUUUGAUAAUAAAUCCGCACAGUAACCACCUGGAUGACAAAGCUUUUGUUUACCUAGAAUAUGUGUGUUUUUGGAUCUGACCAUUUUGCCUGAUUUAUAUGUAUAACCCUUACUUAAACUUGGCUUCGAAGUUUGAACGGCAAGCGAAUCAUUAUGUGAAAAGGUGUUCAGUUUGGCGUAUGCGUACACUCGUAGUAGCAAAAGCAAAUACGAAAUAUACUGUUAAAGAACUGUCCGAAGUGAACGCUCCAAAAAACGAUUUAAUCAUUUAUAAUUGUUAGCAAGUGCUUGUUUGUUCUGUCUGUUUGCGCUUAUCAACGGGAACAUAAGUAAAAUACGUGUGUGCAAUUGGUAGAUAGGCUACAGUGUGAUGACUGAUCAAAAUUCCGCAACAACGCCAGUCAGAUGCCCUUCUAAUUACCAAUUUAAUGUAUUUGUGAAUUCACCAAGACAAUAAAUUAACCAUUCUUAAAUUAAAUUUUUAAAACCAAGCGAAAAAGAUUGAAUAUCCAUUGAAAAUAUAUAUGACAAAUGUCUAACUCUUUAGUCAGUUCUCGUCUUGGUCAGGGUGUAGAAUACGUUUACGAGAUAACUUUGCUAUAAGCCAAAACAUAUCGCUACUCUUGUCAUACACAUACAAAAAUAUAAUACCAGUGACCUGAGAUGCCGGUGUAGCUUUUGACUACGACUUGAUAAAGCUCAUAUGUACUACUGAAUGGAAAUUAGUAAAGCGGAAGUAGGUGUGGCAACGUUCUGAAGCUUGCGAUCAGUGAUGCCAAUUCAGCCUUUUUCCGGACAGAUCUGUCCUGUUUUUUACUGCUUCAUCUGGAAAAAAUGUCAAACAUCGCCAACCCGGAAAUCUGUCUUUUUUUAAGAUUUUUAUCCUGAAAUCUAUCCUUUUUAGACAAUGUUACAAUUUUUAAAAAGUAAUUAGUAUAAUUUUGUAUAAAUUCAAAUGUUUUUGUUUGCAAACUAUGUGGCAUCUUUUCUAAGCAAAAUGUUAUCGAUAUUGUGUGUAUUCGAAUGAAUAUCGGCAAUUUUUGGCACAGAAGAACACAUGCAAAGUACAUACAUUUUACCAAAAUGCCAAAAGAUAAAGACGGGUAUAAACAAAAAUUUCGCGAUUUCUGGCUUGACCAGCCAGAAUUUAAAAACUGGUUAACUAAACUCCAUUUGAUAAAUACAAAGGCUUUUGCAAAUACUGCAAAAGCAGUAUCAAUUCAAUUGACGAUGAAACGCUAAAUGCGAUUUUAGCAGUCAG